AAAACAUCUUUUCAUCGGUCCCAGACACUGGGCUACAAAAACGGAUUUGCCUUCUCUCGGCUGCCAACAGUGGGGAUCGGCGGGGAGCGCCUAUAUGUGAAUCAGCUUUCUCAAGCUGAAUUAGAUGAUUUAUCCAACAAGAGACCCACGCUGACCUAUGGGCAAGCCAAGCGGGCUCCACCUUCAGGCUUCAUUCCAGCCCACGUGGCUUUUGACAAAAAGAUUUUGAAGUUUGAUGCCUAUUUCCAGGAAGAUGUUCCUCUCUCCGCAGAAGAGCGUUACCGUGUCCGCCAAGUGGGUGUCUAUUACUACCUGGAAGAUGACAGCAUGUCCGUCAUAGAGCCGGUGGUGCCGAACUCUGGUCUUCCUCAAGGCAAACUCAUCAGACGCCACCGGGUGCCCAAGAACGACCGUGGGGAUCAUUACCACUGGAAAGAUCUGAAUCGGGGCGUGAACAUCACCAUGUAUGGCAGGACGUACCGCCUAGUUGACUGUGACCCAUUCACGCAGGUGUUCCUGGAGAGCCAAGGAAUUGAACUGAACCCUCCAGAGAAAAUGGUUUUUGAUCCUUACACAGAACUGCGUCGGGUGCCUGUGCGCAAGUACGUCACACCGUCGGAUUUCGACCAACUCAAACAGUUUCUGACUUACGACAAGCAGGUCCUUCGCUUCUAUGCCAUGUGGGACGACACCAACAGCAUGUUUGGUGAGAAUCGGCCUUAUAUCAUCCAUUACUACUUGGCAGAUGACACCGUGGAGGUUCGGGAAGUCUACAAGCAAAACGAUGGUAGAGACCCGUUCCCAAUACUGAUAAAACGCCAACGCUUGCCCAAAACCUUUGUGGACAAGAAAAAGAGCUUCCCAAGCUGUGUGCUGGAGAUCUCUGGUCAGGAGGUACUUGAGUGGUACACAGCUAAAGAUUUUGCUGUUGGCAAAUCUACCACCCUCCUUGGACGCACCUUCUUCAUCUAUGAUUGUGAUGAGUUCACACGGAACUUCUAUCGUGACAAAUUUGGCAUCACAGGCUUCCAGCCAGUGGAAAUAGAGAAGAAACCACCUGAGAAAGUUCCACAGGUAAUUCCUCCCUAUAAUGGUUUUGGCAUCCUCGAAGACUCUCUUCAGAACUGCUUUUCUCUGUUUCCAAAGCCCCCCAGGAAAGAUGUAAUUAAGAUGCUAGAGAAUGACCGCAAGGUGCUGCGAUACCAGGUGGCCCUGGAAUCACCAAACCCUGAGGACAGAAAGCGUCGUUUCAUCCUCUCUUAUUUCCUCUCCAAUGACAUGAUCAGCAUCUAUGAACCCCCAGUCCGUAACUCUGGCAUCAUUGGAGGCAAAUACUUAGGAAAAACCAGAGUGGCCAAACCAGGCUCUACUACGGAGAAUGCCACGUACUAUGAACCCUCUGACUUCACCAUCGGUUCCACAAUUGAAGUGUUUGGCCACAGGUUUGUUGUCACUGAUGCUGAUGAAUAUGUGCUUAAUUACAUGGAGAGCAAUGCAGAAAGUUUCCCGGCGGCAACCCUGCAGUCCCUGAGGGAUCAUUUUCGCCCACGGCAGGUGGUAAAGGAGACUGCCAACAGUGACAUCCCCACGCUUGGGACCAGCAAGCAGGAACUGGAUGAAUUAAUUGUGCAGGUUCAGGAGGAGCUGGAGCUCCACAAGCACUUGACCAACAAGAACAUUCGGGAGGCGUUUCUUCAGUGCGACGAGGAUGGCUCUGGCAUCCUGGACAAAGCAAAAGUUUUAGCACUUUGCCACAGCUUGGGUGUGCCGACCAACGCCGUUCUUCUGAACCAGCUGAUUGACCUGUGUUCUUGUGGAGAAGACAAGAUCAACUACCAUGACUUCCUUAGAGCCUUCCCCUCGUGCUCUUCCUCCAGAAUCUGA